AUGGUUAAAAAAAAAGACGAUUUUAUUCAAAGUGCUGUCAAACCAGAGAUGUGGGGAAACCCCACGUCUGAUAACUCGAGCUCCAAUUUCAAACAGAAACCCAUUGUACCCAUGUCACAAUACUCAGCCUUAUCCUCGGCUUUAUUGUUGGGAAUAUAUAUGUGUGUUUGUGAUGUACUGAAAGCAGAUUUUUUGGUGUUUCCAGAGUUAAAGUUGCCAGUACUUAGUGUUGGAUCCCAGAUGCCAGUGCAAAAGCUCAAGGGACAAAAAUGCCCAAAAGAUGGUCACAGCAACGCCAAAAAGAAAAAGUGUACCUCUGAUUUAGGAAAGUGUUUUUUGGAAAUUCAGAGUAACAAGGGCAGUGUUUCAGAAUCCCCCUGA